AUGCUCCAGUCCUCAGCCUUCCACCUGGAUUAUUACCGGGUCAGUCCAGUUAGAGGCCAGUUAGAACCCUAUGAUACAACCACUGCGAGAAAUUGGAGGUACAUCCAGACUACUGAUACGCCCAAUGAGCUCAAGGUUCUUUUGCCCCCAUCGGUCGCGUCAAUGUACGAGCAACUCUUGAGGCUCGAGGUCAUGGAGCUAGAAAAGCAAGCUACUGUUUCCUGGGAGCGAAUACUCGAAAUCAGGCAUCUCAAGGUGUCGUCAACUCUCCUUUUUUCUCUCGUAUUUGACUUAUCCUGGCUACCUAUUGUUCAAAAGGACCGGAUGAUGCGCAAAUGUCAACGACUAUCAAGGGUACUCCCUCCCAAGCGAAUUGGUCGUGGUGACCCAUUUGUCUUCCAGACCCUGAUUGCACCUGAAAAUUUUCGUUUGAAGGAGAUGGAGACAUGGUUCCACCAGGAGCAAUUGCGAUACAAGGGUAGACCGGUCGUUUAUCCCACUGCACAGAGUGCACCUCCACGGAACUCUUGCUGCGUCCGGUGUGCACGCGCGACUCAGCCUGACCUCGCUGUGUCAGCACCAUCCGCUGCACCAUACCUGAAAUUGGACCAGGCUCGUUCUUCUCGAGUGAAAGAAGUAGCUCCAAAGUCACUCAAGAGGAUGCCCACAUCUAGUCGCGCAGCUUCUCCUCCGACAGAGGCUGUCAAGCAGGAGCUAUCAGUCAAAGAGAUACCAAUAUCUCCCGCGUUUGUGCCGGAGGAUAUUGACUUGGAAACAAAGCUAACUAAGGCCGAUGUGGUCCAGGCGGAGAACGCUGACGUUGACAUCGCCCCACCAGCUCACGAAAGUAUUCCCAUUGAUGCCGAGGAACGUAAUGAUUCUUCAGACUCUUCGACAAUAGCGCCUACACCUCCCGCCUCACCGCCACCACUUCCGCACCUUUUACGAAUAUCAGAUACAUCUCUGGUCAAAGAUAUUUUGGAAGCAGAAUCUUCGACUGCUACCGAACUUGGGCAGGAACCACCUGCAACUAGACCCCCCUUGGUCCGCCGGAGGAGUUGCAUCAAACGGUCCAGCGUUGGUGAUUCUGUAAAGACGGUAUCGUGGGCUGAUGAUCGGGAGUGGACAGAGCGGUUACCAAAGAGACCUCUAACCCCUGAACCGGUGGUGGUAGAAGAACCUGAUUCCACAUGGGGCGAGAACUACGAUGAACAUGUCUCUAGACUUGACAUACUGCACCGCGAGUUGACGAAGAGUCUGGAGGAGAUUCGAGCAGAUCCGGCGCAUUUUCGGGCAGUGGAUGCCAUCAUUUCUGAUCAUAAGCAGAAGGUAACAGCAUUUGGGAACUUACAAGAGGAUGAGGACGGGGAUGAGGACGGGGACGAGGACGAGGACGAGGACGAGGACGACUACGGCGAUUGGGACGGAGAUGACGACACAUGA